AUGGUGGCAGACAGAGGACGGUGUCAUAUCAGAAUAAAUAAGAUCGAGGGCGCGGACUUGCGCUCACCAGACGAGGCCAUCGAUCGGCUUAAGCGGGAGGAUGUGCAAGAUCUCGCCUCCAGCCUCCUAACAGCCCUUCAAAUCCUUCCCACCGCCCGUCUUCUGCCGUCCAAUUCGGGAGGCAUCGUUCGGAGUAACCUGCUUCGACUCAUAUCCGCCGUCGCACCAAAUGAUUUCGACCUCGAAAGAAUCAAACCACUGCUCAAAAUAUCUAUUGUGAACACGUCAACAGACGAACAAAUAUGGAAUCUUGUGGACGCUGCCACAGUGGAAUCUACGCCGCCCCCUCGAAUGAUUGCCUCCUCACUCCAGCAAACUCCAUGGCUCUACAAGACGAGUAGCUUUGCGAACUCCUCGGAAUACUGCCAAGAUGUUGACAGGGUCUUCAAGUCGGAGCUUGGACCUCUCGGUCUUCAAUCUGCAUCCGAUGCCGUAUUUCAAAGAUGCACGGAAGGCAGCAAUGCGGCUUUUGCAGAUGGGUGGAAAGGAUGGCCAAAGGUCGCAAACCAAGAAGAGUUUUGA